AUGUCUGGGAGGUUGCCCUUCAUCACACUGUUAAUUAUCGGGGCUGAUGGUGUUGGGAAAACAGCGCUAGCUAAGCGGCUUUGUCCACAGGAGUUUACCUAUGAUCCAACACUUGGUGAUUCCUGUUCGGCAAUGGUAGCUGUUGAUGGCUGGACUUGUAUGGUUGACAUCUUGACGACUUCGGGAAUGGAAGAAUACACCGCCCUCUACGAAAAUUUUAUACGUGACGCGAGUGCCUUCAUUCUUGCGUACAGCGUGACUUCGCGGACGUCCUUUUCUGAUAUACAGGCCCACGACAAUUGGAUUAAGAAGAUUAAGGAGGAGAUGAGGGUUGCUGGGCCUCCAACAACGUAUCCUUCAUACCCUCUGUACAAUUCGGUCGUCAUUUUGGUCGGUACCAAGAAUGACUUGGAAGCCCAGCGCGAAGUCUCGGUUGAAGAAGGCCAAAUGCUUGCAAAGUCAUUGAACUGUUCGUUCUUCGAAACAUCUGCAAAGCAAAACACAGAUGUGGAGAAGGCGUUGCAUGAUAUUCUGAGAGGCUUUCGACAAAAAAAUUUUCCUACUCCUAGUGAACCUGAAACACCGACUCCUUCACGAUCGAGGAAAGGUUUAGGGAGAUUGUUGGGACCAAGGCAACGAAAGAAUGAUAAUGGGUCAGGAUGCGUUGUUAUGUGA